CGACAUGGCAGCUCACAAGAGUCAAGCCAAAACCUCCUCUCACAAAAUCUGAGAAGAGAAGUGAAGAAAUGAAGCUCUCAAGGGGAAAGACCACAUUCCACAGCCAAUGGAACGAGAGGAAGUAUUCGCUGAUGUUUUCCCAACUUAAUCUUAAUCUAGAUUCUGCAUAGUGCCCCCUCAGGGUUUCUAAUCUUAACCAUCAACAUCUGGACUAAAGUUUGUGAUAUCCUGUAACAGCAGAAGGAAUUCACUUUCAAUUUACGCCAGUCACCAUUAAAACUGAUGCCACAGAGCCGCUCAGUUAUUUCACACUUCCCUCUGGUUUCCACAGUGAUAUCUGAAAUAACAACUCCUAACAGGAUGGGAAAAGAGGUGGGAAGUGAAAGAGGAUGAGGAGGAUGAGGAGGAGGAAUGGGAGGAGUGAGCACAUGAAAACAGGAGGGCGAGGAAGAUAAAUGUUUCAGAGGAGGAGGAAGGAGAUUGAGCUUGUAUCCGUCCGUCCGUCGUGUCCUCCAACAACCUGCGGAGACACGACUUCUUCUUCUUUCUCCACAGUUCUGGAGUUUGAUGAUCCACUCGGGGACAUUAAAGUUAAACAUGUGAACUGGGAGGAAAAGUCACUGACACACCGAAAUAAGCAGUUUUUUGGAAUGGAGGAAAACACUUGUACCAAACUUUUAAAUAUUGUCGUUGAAUGAGGAGCGUUACCCGGCGCCAGUCCUCUGCUCUGCAGCUGCUUCACAACCUCCAGCUCUGAUGGCCGGUGCCUUGCCCCAGGGCCCCUCGGCAGUCACUGGGAGCGAGUGCGUGCUGUGAACCGGCCAGGUGUCGUCAGCUGGUCUGGGGAUUCCAACAGGACUGUUGCCGGAGCGCAGCAGCAACUCUUGCUUGUUUUUGCUCGAGGGCACGUCGCAGACGGCGUCUUGUGCGCCGAAGGGAUUUGAACACUUGAUGACGCAGUGCGAGACGUAAUGUGACGCAGGCGAUGCUGUGACAUGCUGAGAGGGAGGCCAGCUCUCGUGAUGGUGAUUCUGUGUCAGGUCUGUCUGCUCGCCCCGAAAUCAGCCGCCGGACUCCGCUCUCUAGACGUCAUCAAGAGGGUCCAGUUGCUCAUCAGAGAAGCCCCCAAGAAGGUGUCGCUGAAAAGCCGACUGUACACGCCCACCAUGGCAGACUUCCAGCAGAAUUGCCCCAGUUCCACCUUAAAGUGUUUUGCAGCGGAAGUCAAAGUUCUCGAUGACGAGUGGAAGACGCGACGACUCAACGUCAGCCACAUGCUGGAGGUCCUGGCAGCGUCUUUCAACCAGGCGGAGUCGGGCUGUCGACAGUGUGAGUGCUUCGACGAGGAAACCGCAGAAGAGUUCCUCAAGGUUCUUCUCUCCACUCUCCAGAAUGCGAACAGCCUUUAGUUCCGUUCAUAGCCCCCCCCCCCCCCCCCCCCCCCCC